UUGGACCCCGGCGAGGUCGAGGUCGGCGCGCGCAUCGGCGGCGGGUCCUUCGGCGUCGUCCACCGCGCGCGGUGGCGCGGCACGCCCGUGGCGGCCAAGUGCCUCGAGACGACGUCCGCGGACCGCGCGCUCGCGCUCAAGGACUUCACGAUCGAGGCGUCGAUCCUCAGGCGGCUCCGCCACCCGAACAUCGUCAUGCUCCUCGCGUUCUCCACGAUCCGGGGGCGGGAGAUCAUCCUCUCGGAGCUCAUGCGCUGCUCCGUGCUCGACGAGCUGCAGGCGCUCGCGCCGGGGAAGACGCUGCCGCGGCCGCGCGCGCUGCGCUGGGCGACGGAGAUCGCGCGCGGCAUGGCCUACCUCCACUCGUGCAAGCCGCCCGUGCUCCACCGCGACCUCAAGCCGGGGAAUUUGUUGUUGGACGGGUCGGGGUCCUGCCGCAUCUCCGACUUUGGGUUGGCGACGUUCCGCGCGGACAACCGCGCGUCGUCGCCGGACGGCGGGCCGGGCGAAUCGUUCAGCGACCUCACGGGCGCGACGGGCUCCUACCGCUUCAUGGCGCCCGAGGUCGCCCUCUCGAAGCCCUACGGCCGGCCCGUGGACGUCUACUCCUUCGCCAUGAUCCUCUACAACGUCUACGACUCCGUCGCGCCCUGGUACGGCGAGACGGGCAAGGCCGCGGCGAAGCACGCGAUCCGCGGCGAGCGGCCGCCCAUCCCCCGCGACUGGGACUCGAAGAUCGGCGAGCUCCUCCGCCUCUGCUGGGCCCACGAGCCCUUCGAGCGGCCCUCCUUCGCCGCCGUGCUCGACCUCUUCGACGCCGCGCGCGACGCCGGCGUCGACGUCGAGGCCCCGCCGGGCCUCGGCAGCCCGCCGGCGGCGGCCGCGCGGGCUCUCCCGGGGCCCGACGCGACGCCCGCGACGAAGCCCUGCUGUGUUGUGAUGUAA